AUGGUUCGGAAUAAUGACAGAUGGAACGACGACCGUCGCCAAAACGGCAGCCAUUGGGGUAAGGACUGGUCAAAAGAGCCGAACAUGAUGAAGAAUCUCGAGCUCCUAGCCAAGACCAUUGCCAGAUCCCAAAAUAAUCUAGGCGGCGGCGCUUUCGGCAACGGCUAUCCUCCCGCCACCAACCCCCAGGUCAACCCUUUCAACAACCCUUUCGGGGCCCCCAGCAACCCUUUCGGGGUCCCUAACAACCCUUUCGGGGCCCCUAACAACGAUUUUGGGAUCCCUAAUAAUCCUUUCGGGUCCCCUAACAACCACUUCGCCCCUCAAGCCGCAGCUCCCAACCCUUUUGCGGGCCGGCGCCCCAACCCGUUCUUGCCGAAAUGGCCAGCGCCACAACCCAACCUCCAGCUGCAGCAGGGAGCGCCCAACGAGAACAUGUUCGACAAUUGGAACGACCACUCGCGGGAGCUGCCUCGGCUGGUCAUCCGGCUGAUGCACCUCGAGCAGCGGCUCAAGGACAGCCUCGCGAUCGUGCUGCAGGCGGUGCCGGAGAUGCAGGCGGCCGUCGAGUUCUUUGCGCCCAUGGUCACGUCCGUGCAGGCGUUUCUCGUCGUCUUCCGCGUGAACAUCGACACGGCCCUCUCCUUGCACGCCCAGGGCCAGGCCCUCCACAUGACGCCCGGCGAUGUCCAGCAGGGCCGAGCCGCCGUCGACAUGUGCGUCGAGUACGACGUGGUCAGCCAGCUUGAGCGGGCCAUAUGCGUCGCCGCCGGCAACGGCGGCAUCCAGGCCGCGGCCAACCCGCAGAACUGGGGCGUCGGCGGCAUCUCCUGGCGUGCCUACGUCGAGGGCCUGAAGGCGUACCGUCAAAAGACUAUCCUCUCGAUGGGCUAG